AUGGGUUCUUCUCAAGAUCCUGGUGCUGCUAUGUCUCAAGCAAAUAGAGAGGAAGUAGAUUCCCGAUCAGUGUUUGUUGGCAAUGUGAGGCAUCAUUGAAGUUGAUUAGUAGUUCUGGGAUUGAGUAAAAGUGUUUAUACUAUUAAUCAUCUUGGCUUAUAAAAAAAAUGUGCAUGAAAAUAUGAUCAGGAACAAAAUUAUAAAAAUGAAAUUUACAGAAAAGAUGAUUCAAUGGCCAAUCAUUUAUUUUGGGAAAGUAAAAAAAUGGGAAGAGAAAAGAAAAGAAAGGGAAUUAAAAAAGAGAGAAGUGGUGAUUUUUGUGAACAUAACAAAAAAAAAGGAAAACCAAGAGAGCUAUAGGCUAGGCUAAAAGUAUAGUAAUUUAGAUAAACUUAACUGAGUUCUUGGACUGGAACGGACGGGCGGGCGAAAUUUGUGGUUCAGGAUUCCUGAGACUCGAUCAAAUGUGAGGUGUGAACUGCAAGAAGGGUGAAGACUAGCUAAUGUACACUAACUACAACCUGCAGUGCAGCUUGUCAUGGAGGUUAUUGCUCAACGAAUGUGUAGGCAUUAUGCUGCAUAUGGUGGAUUAUUCAUGCACUCCUGAAGAAGUGCAGCAGCACUUCCAAUCAUGUGGGACAGUAAAUAGGAUCACUAUUCGUACCGACAAGUUUGGCCAACCAAAAGGGUAUGCUUAUGUGGAAUUCCUAGAGCAAGAAGCUGUUCAAGAAGCUCUACUUUUGAGUGAAUCAGAACUACAUGGCCGCCAGCUAAAGGUAACUGUUAAAAGGACCAACGUACCAGGGAUGAAGCAGUUUCGUCCACGUCGAUCCAACCCAUACAUGGGAUUUCCUCCUAGGGGCGCUCAGUUGCCUCCUUAUUUCUAUUCUCCUUAUGGAUUUGGGAAAUUCCCGAGAUACAGAAUGCCUAUGCGUUACAGCCCAUAUAACUGAAGUUAAGCCUGUUUUAUAGUAUUUAGUUCUGGUUUUAUUUUCCUGGAUAUGUAUUGCAGGCAAUGGCAAAGUUUCGCCACAUCUUUAUACUUAAAUGAUGGAUUGGGAGAAAUGAGCAUUAUUUAGUUCUGGUUUUAUUUUCUUAGUUCCUUUUGUACUAAAAUGGUGUAUUUUCUGGUGCAUUCCCAGAAAAUGGAAAUUGAUUUGUGAUUAGUUGACUUGGGUUGCAA